AUGCCUAUCACCGGGGUCUACUUCGUCCCCUCUCACCCCAACGCUGCCACAGCCCUGGGCACCAUCACCGAGCGUCUACGCUCCGCCUUUGUCGAUGAAGACCUCACCCCGAUCGGGCGUUGGGCCCUGGAACACAGGCUGAUGCGCGACACCCCCGGGUGUCUCCCCGCCUCCGCCAAUCCCGCACAGCAGAGCUCCAAGCCACGAUACAUGCAGUUCCUAUCGCUGUCCCACUACUCACAUCACGGGUUCAUCUACACGUCCGAGCCGCUGGAGAAACCUUUCCAUCCACCGAACGCGGCGUCGCCGGUCCCGCUAUCAUUGGCUGCGAGUCCGGCUUCACCCCCCAUAGACUCCCCCGGAGUAGUCAACGCGACCCCCCAGUCCACUGGCAAUAAUGCAGCCACACCAGUCCCUCCGACCACGGAUGCGAUGCGCAUGACUUCCGUCCCGCCCUCCGCAUACAAUACCCUCUUCCAACACUUCACCUACGCAUGCCAGCCCUUCUGGUGCCACCGCCUGACCGUCGCCGUGCCCAACGGCGCCGUCUACGACAUGGGCGACUUCCGCGUGCGGGUUGGGGAUGUGCGCCAGACCUUCCCCGCUGCACGGGUGCGCGGGACAGUCGUUGAGAUCGAAUGGCGGGGUCCGUCGGUGAUCGAGUCGUUGCCGUUGUCGGACGACGCGGAUUCGGGGAUUGAUGUGUCGUUUGCUGCGAUUGAGGAGUCCGAUAUCGAUGCUGAGCUGGCUGCGACGGCGUCUCUGAUCCGUGAGUUUUGGAUGCGGUUGCAGAUUGACGGGGGGCGUGAGUCGAUUCUUGUUCCUGGUGUUGGGAAGGAGAUUAAGGAUCGAUUGGCAAGUUGUAAGCGGCGGAAUGCAGUGCCUGCGGAGACUGUCGUUGAGAAUGCGAUGGUGCAAGAGGAGGAUCCCGACCCGUAUGCUGGGGCGGAUCUGGCGAGACAGUAUAUGGAGGCACUCCGGUUUAACCGGUAG